UCAACAGAUCAGUGUCUAUUUACGUAUUAUUUUCAUUUAUUUUACGCAAAUGUUUGGCCAAGUUCGUGAAGAAAUAUUUUAUGGGGUCAUUGAUCUUCUUGACUCCAUAUCGUUAGAAAGUCUAAAUUUGUAUAAUAAAAUAACAAAUAAUUUAAUAAAAACAUUAAGGUUACAAUUUUCUAAACCAUUAUGCGGUGAUAAAUUUAUGGUAUGAUUAUAUUUUAAAAUUAAAUAAAAAAAAGCAAAAUUUCAAGUGUUAGAAUAAAUUUCUCAUAAUGGAAGAUCCGGAAAUAGGAAUAGAAGAAGAUGCAAAAGAAGUCGUCGAAGGCGAAGAGGCAGUCAAAGAGGCGGUUGAAGGCGAGCACGUAGAAGGAGAACACGGGGAGGGCGAACACGUAGAGGGGGAACACGCCGAGGGGGAUCACGCAGAGGGGGAGCACGUCGAGGGCGAGCACGUGGAAGGCGAGCACGUGGAAGGCGAACACGCUGAAGGCGAGCACGCCGAGGGCGAACAUGUCGAGGGCGAAGAAAAGCUAGGAGAGGGUGAAGAAUUAACCGGCGAAGAGGUCCCGGAUUUAGAAAAUAUCGAAGGUGAACAAACGGAAGAUGAAAAAGCUCCCGAGCCGCCGGUAGAGGAAGAAGAGCAAUAUGUGGAGGAGCCGCCGCCCGACCCGACGGCGCCGUACAACUUCAGCGACUCGCAAGAAGCGCUGAAGCCAUUGUUUGAGUUGCGGCCGGACCAGUUGGCGGAGGUGGAACAACUAUGGGAGGUUUAUCAAAACUACACUCCUGCUUAUACCGACCUCGACAAUUUUAUAACUGAAAAAGAACUCGUGUACAUGUUAAAGUGCCUAAUUCUAUUGCCUGUAACUCCGGAACAGCUCCAAGAGCUAAUAGAGUACUGCGUUAGACCUCCUCAUCCUGAAGGGCACAUUAGCUUCGACCAGUUCGUUAAAAUUGUAACUCUUAGGCAGCGGACCAUUAACGUGGAAGAAGAGUUACGAUCAGCUUUAAAGGUGUUCGAUAGAGGAAACACUGGGGAAAUUAGUAGAGAUGAAUUAAAAGAAGUACUCUUAAAACAAGGUCACAAAUUGCCACAAAAACAGUUGGAUAAUCUAAUAAAAGAAGUGGACUUGAGCAAUGACGGUACCCUCGGCGUGGAGGACAUUGUAGGCACAAUGUGCAUCGACUUAAAUCCUGAAGAUUUAAUAAUGCUAAGAAAUAUCGUUUACCCGCCCACAGAGCAACCCAAAGAAGAUGACGAUUAAAAAUACUGGUACCUAUCAUCCAAUAUAAUAACGAGAUUUUCAAUAAAUUUUUAA